GCGAGGAGCCUCCCGGCGGCUCCCAAGCGGGCUUCGAGUUAAACUAGGGCUUUGGCCCCAUGACCCCGACCAAGCCCCGCCCCUUCCUGGUUGUCUUAGCGACGGCGGUGGCGUCCCAAGAUGGCGUCGUGGCUGCCGGAGACUCUGUUCGAAAUCUUCCGACAAGGCUCGGCGCCGAGCAAGGACUAUUACCAGGUGUUGGUCACCCGGUCUCAGGUCAUCUUUCGAUGGUGGAAGAUCUCCCUGCGGAGCGAGUACCGAUUCUCCAAACCUGGAGAGGUGAAGGAAAGCCACAAAGACUUCCUACAAAACGCUCACCUCCAGGUUCAAGUUGCCUUAGCUUUUGGCGCCAGGAUAUUAGGACAUAUCCGCAAUUUAUGCGAAGGUAAAUUUGACUUCCUUGAACGCCUCCCCGACAGUUUGCUCCUGAGGAUCUUCGCGUACCUGGAUCUCGAAGACAUCGCCCGGCUCUCGCAAACGUCACAAAGAUUUUCGAAGUUGUGCAAGUGUGAGGAGCUCUGGGAGAGGAUCGUGCGGGCCGCCUGCGACACCGUGAGCCCGGACAUGAGGGCGCUGGCCGCCGAGGUGGGCUGGAGGCAGAUGUUCUUCUUCACCAAUAAGCUGCAGUUACAGCGCCAGCUGCGGAGGCGGAGGCAGAGGCAUGGGCGGCCACCCGCCAGGGGGCGCCCUGCCUUUUAUUAUUAUUGUUACAUCGGGGGUGCCCUGUCCGACACGAUCGGGACAUAA